AUUUAUAAUUAUAAUUAAUAAAGUUGACAUAUCUUUCUUUAUUAAUCAUAUACAGCUGGAUAGGAUGAACUAAAAACUGAAAGCACAAAAACUUAAAACUUAAAACACAAAACUGAAAGCUUCAUAAUUUGAAAACAUUGCCUCAUCGUUAGAAAUAAUGGAUGAGGAUCUGAGAGAUGCGGCUCUGAGCGGAGAUGUGGAAUUCCUUAGAAAAUGUGUUGAAUCCAAUAAACCCAUGGAAUACUACCUGAGUUAUUACCCAAAAAGCAGUGAUGCUGAUAAACAUGAUCGUCAUCAUGGGAAUAUCUUCCACAUGGCAGCGUACAAUAACAGAGAAGAGUUUCUAAGAGAGGCCAUCAAAAUAUUACCUCUUGAAAACACUCACCAACUCCUCCUCCAACCACGUGAACCACUCAACGGAAACCCUCUUCAUGUAGCGGCCGAUCUCGGCAAUGUAAAGAUAAUAAAGAUGAUGUUAGAUGUGUACAGAUCAAUGCCAUCAUUACCAUCAGACCUUUCGCAACGACCCUGGUUACAGCAGACUACCGAAGGAGAUACCCCUUGCUACCUGGCUCUUGCUAAUGAUCACGAGGAAUGUGCGUUGGCGACUUUACAAAUGGAUAUGGAGUUGAUUUGCAAUACGCCUGAUAAUCGAGGCGUCUACAUGAUUUACGAUGCUGUCUAUAAUAAGUUAAGCAGGUUAGCUUUGGAGAUAUUGAGGUCUCCCUAUUCUAUUUGUUGCACGGGAUACGAGGGAAGAACUCCAUUUCACCUGAUACAUGUUUUAAAUAGCUCAGAGGAAGCAGAAGAAAUCUUUCGACGGUUGCUUCAAAGAGAGCCAGGCUUAAUUGAACAAGUUGACGAGAAUGGAUUUUCGGUAUUCUAUCACUGGGUUUUUGAUGGUAAAAUGUGGCCAUUUAAAUGUCUUCUAAAAUGCCAUGAUAUUAUCCCCGAUGUAAAGAGUGUUUUUGUUGACAUGGUAUCUUCAACAAACAUAUAUGGUGACAACCUUCUACAUAAUCUAGCCGAGUAUACAUCUAGAGAAGAAAUUGCUAUAGAAAUAGCAAAAUUACUUAUAGAUAUAUACAAACAAGAAUCAUCGAACAUCGAUGUGCUUCCCUGGUUAGUGCAGGAUACUAACGAAGAUACACCAUUGUCCUUGGCCAUUGCCCGUCAAUAUGAAAAGUUUGCAAUGUAUAUUAUAUCAGUGGAUGAAGAUGUCAUUAUUACAAGUCAGCAAAAUGUUUUGUUCUUGGCUAUCGAGAAGGGAUGUCAUGAAGUUGCAAAGAAGAUUUUUGACAUAAUAGAAAACAAAGGUUGGACUCAACUUCUUUAUAGUGAUCAGAAGAAUGUGUUGCAUCUUGCACCAUUAUGCAAACCAGAAGAGUUUUGUACAAGAUUGGUUGAAGGGCACCCAGAGUUACUCAAUGGAAUAGACAAAGGAGGGAUUACAAUAUUACAUAGUUGGCUUAAAAAGGGUGAAGAAUGGCUUUUUAAAUACAUUUUAGAGAGCAAAUGGAGGAGUACUUUUGUUAAGCUCAUAAAGGAAACAGAUUACAAUAAAUGGAACAAUCCUUUUCAUGUUGCUGCAACUACCACUAAUAAUGAAGCAACAAACCAAGUAGUAAAGCUCCUUGUUGAAGCUUUCAAAGAAGAAUUUCCUAAUUGGAAUGGGUAUAGUGCUACUCAAAUGCCAUGGUUUAUACAGAAUAAAGCAAAGGAAGGACCUUUGCACGUGGCCAUACGCAACAAAAAUGAAAAACUUGCAUUAUACAUAUUGUCUCUAUAUGAGGAAGAUCACAUCAAUGAACUGCUAGAUUAUUACGAGCCAGAGCACAUUACUUUGUUUUUAGCCAUACAGAAUGAUUGUCAAGACGUAACCAAGAAUAUAAUGUCAAGAUUAGAUAAAGGCAGCUGGACCAAAUAUCUUAAGGAUAUUUCUAAUGGCCGGAAUAUAUUGCAUUUGGCUCCAAGUUUGACAAAUGAAAAGUUCGGGACAUGGCUUGUCAAUGCAGCACCGGAAUUCAUCACCCAAAAAGACAACAAUAAACAAUCAUCUUGGGAUAAAGCUUAUGAAAUUGGUCCCGCAUGGUUUAUAAAAGCGGUUUUGGAGAAGGAUCCAUCCGUGUUCAAUAGUGCACCCUUGGUUUGGACCAAAGCCUGUGAGAAAGGUCAUGUCAAUGCUCUUUAUGCGUUCAUUGAACAUAAUCCUGGAGCAUUUCGAGAUCUUUGUAUUGGACAUAAGGAUUCACCUUUGCAUCACAUACGACUCCCAAAUUUAACGGAGUACGAAAAGUUUAUUAAGAUUUCACACAUGAAGGAUCUAAUCAAUAUUCAAAAUGACCAAGAUGAGACACCUCUACAUAAAGCCAUACGAAAAGGAGACAUAUUCCUAACGGAAACUCUGCUCAACAUGGAUAAGAUAAUAUAUGACAUUACUGACAAAACAAAUGUGACUGCAAUGGAUUUGUUGGCUCAUGUAUACAAGGAAGAUAAUGCAUGGGGGCAUAUGUGCAAAAGAAAUGGACUUGAUCCGACAAUAAAAACAACCUACUUUCAACAUAAGACGAAUUUAUUAGAUGUGCGAACUUCAUUAUUCUUAGUAGCAGCUUUGUUAGCCACCAUUACAUUUACUGCCGGAUUCACUCUUCCUGGUGGAUUUAAUCAAGACACUGGAGAAGCACUUCUAGGCAAGAAGGCUUCUUUUCUAGUGUUUUUGGUAUCUGAUACAUUGGCCUUGUUUUUUUCAAUGCUGGUGUUGAUAUGUCUCACAUGGUCCAUGGUGUUCAAACCCAGUAAGUCACUAAUACUGAUUGAUCGAAGCAUGGUAUUACUGAGGAUCGCACUCAACUGCACCUUAUUGGCGUUUAUGACUGGCGUAUAUAUUGUUAUGGCCCCAAGGUCCUUGUGGGUAGCCAUCCUUAUAAUCGUCAUCAUAAGCUUUCUGAUUAUUAUUUCAGUUGAUAAAACUUUCUUGUAUGAAGUCAUGGAUAAGCUAUUCCUUAUUGCAAAUAAGAGCAGUAAAGACCCAAUGCAACUAGCCGAACUGGGGUACUAUAAAGAUGGGUACAAAGAACUAAUUCCAUUACUACCCAAAAAUGAAUUGAACGAUGCUAAUGAGGGAGAUUGAGGAACGUCGAUCGGCCAAUCUCCAAAUGAAAAAUUGGAUGUUAUUAACUUGGUUUAGCUAGCUAAACUCUAAUUUGUUUCCUUACAUACAUGUUUUAUCUCCUUCAUCAUACAUUUUAUUCAGAGUUCCACUCUAUUGCUUAGAUGUGUACUCGCAUUUUCUUAAUGUAGAUUUACUUGCAUUUUCUUGAUGUAGAUUCAUACGAUUUUUAUAAAUUUCCUACAUCGUGUAUAAAGGACUAUUAUUACAUAA